AUGAGAACAGUGGCUAGAAAUGAUUUUGAGAAGAACUUCUUUAAACUAAUGAAUAACUCUGUGUUUGGAAAGACAAUGGAGAACUUGCGGAAGAGAGUUGAUGUGAAAUUAAUGGUUGACGGUGAUAAACUGAAGAAAGCGGUGGCAUCUGCGAGUUUCGUUAGGGCUAAGGUUUUAAGUGGAGGUUUAGUUGCGGUUAAGAAAGUAAAGGAAGUGUUACUUCUGAAUAAGCCUGCGUAUAUUGGAAUGAGUAUUUUUGAUCUAUCGAAGACAUUAAUGUAUGACUUUCACUAUAACCAUAUAAGAAAACUUUAUGGAAAAAGAGCAAAGUUACUUUUUACUGAUACUGAUAGUUUAAUGUAUAGAUUACACACUGAAGAUGCGUAUGAAGAUGCGGCUAAGUUUUCUGAUAAGUUUGAUACUGGCGGUUAUAGUAAGGAUUCGCCCUUCCACAGUGUGGUAAAUAAAAAAGUUAUCGGAAAAAUGAAGGAUGAAGCUGAUGGAGUCCCUAUAAGAGAAUUCAUUGGGUUGCGGUCAAAGAUGUACAGUUAUGAGAAAAAUAAUGGUAAAGGUGAAAAGACAGCUAAAAGGUGUAAAGAAGUAUGUAAUUAA